CUCAAAUCAAACAAAGAUGGCAGUAAAGGCAAAAGGAGCAGUCGCACCUGCCAAAAAGGUGACACAAGCCAAGGCCACAGCAGGCAAAGGCAAAGCAAAAGCACAAGUAGAGGAGGAGGUACAAGCAGAACUAGAAGAAGAGGAAGAGGAAUCCGAAUCAGGAUCAUCAGAUGAGGACGAAGAUCAAGACGUCAGUCAACGUGGCUUGGAAAGACUUAUGAAAGCUCUGGGGGAGGAUGGAUUGACGGAAUUAGACAGAGCCCAUUUGGGUCUUGUCACAGGGCAGGUUGAAGAAGACGAGGAUGAUGAUGAAGAUGAUGACGAAGAGCUAGGCGAGGAUGCAGAGCUGGACGAUGAGGAAGAGAGUGAGGAAGACGAAGAUGAGGAACUAGAAGCAGACGCUGCAGUCCCUGCUGGUAAAGGAACCUCUCUUGCAGAAAGUAUCGCAAGAAGCGGCCUUGUACAAGAGGAGGAAGAUGAAGAGGAUGAAGAAGAUGACGAGGAAGGAGAUGAAUCUGCCAUUCCUCUUGAAUCACUCUCGGAUGCAGCUUUGGCAGCUUUGCCUGAAUCCGUUCGAUCUCAACGUAUGUAUCGCGAAAAGAUUAACAAUGAAGAUGCGCUGAAACGGAUUCGCGACAGUAUUGCUUUAGGGCAAAAUGGAAAAGCGCUACCUUGGAUCGAAACAUUGGCGGUCUCAUAUCCUAAAUCGAUUCAAGAAGAGCUUGGUGAAUCAGCAGAAGUGAAAGAUGAUGAUUUGAAACGAGAAUUGGAAUUCUAUAAACAAGCUUUGCACGCUGCAGUCGAAGGAAGAAAUCUGGCAAAGCAAGCCAAUUUGCCAUUCACACGACCAUCAGACUUUUUCGCAGAGAUGGUUAAAUCUGAUGAACAUAUGGAACGUGUUCGACAAAAGUUGUUGGACGAAAAGGCAGGAUUGAAAGCAUCAGAAGAUGCAAGAAAGCAACGCGAGCUCAAGAAAUUCGGUAAAAAGGUUCAAGUUGAAAAACAACUUGAACGUCAACGUAAUAAACGUGAUUUCGAAGAAAAAGUAAAAGGACUCAAAAGAAAGAGAAAUGGCGCUUUAGACGGAGAUGAUGGAGGUGAUGAUGAUGAAUUUAACAUUCGAUUGGAAUCUGCCUUGGAAGGCGAAAAGGGUGAUAGAUCAUCUGCCACACGCGGAGGAAGAGGUGGAAAGAGAGGAGCACCAAAGAUGAGACGUGAUGCUCGUGAUUCAAAGUUCGGCUUUGGUGGAAAGAAACGUCAUUCUAAAGAGAACACUCGUGAAAGCACAAAUGACUUUGGAAGCAGUAGAGGUCGAGGCGGAUCGCGUGGAGGAUCUCGCGGUGGUGCAAGAGGUGGCUCAAGAGGAGGCAGAGGAGGAAUGAAAUCCAGAGGAUCAUCACAACGUCCUGGCAAAUCAAGACGUCAAGGUUGA